GGGAGCGUUAGCUGGGGAGGGGAGCUUUGGGCUCUGCUCUGGCUGGAGCUGGCUCAUGCAUUCGGGAGGUGCGAACAUAUUUAGGUAGGUUGGUGCCCUGCUCGCAAGUUUUUUUUCCUGGCUUUGCACUCUUCCACUCUUGGGAUUGAAGUCAAGUGUGGAGAUUCUUUUGUCUGCUCUGCUGUUCUGACAUCAUCCUUCCCUUCACCUUCCAAGGCCCGCUUGAUUCGCUAGACAAAAGCUUAGCUCUUACUUCCUUGAACACUAUGUCGUUUUCGGCGGCCAAAAUCCCGACCUUCAAGUCGACGGGGACGUUCAGGGAGAGGAGAUUUUCGAGUAGUAAGGAACCGAGCGAGAGUGAACUCUCCUCCAAAAUCCAUCGGCAAUUCAGGUCCUCCCACGAAGGCCACAAGCCUCACGCGGGCCUCGAUCCCACACGUGCCUCCACUGGUGUCGUCUGGACGUCAGAACGAGCCUACGAGCACGGCUUUCUCGAGGAGCCUGACAAGUGGGCGAACUUGGGACAAGGCGCUCCCGAGGUCGAUGAUGAGAUCAAGGGUUGCUUUGAGAGACCCAAGGAAGUCGAUAUCACGAGCCAUGGCCGCGAAUAUGGACCCACGGCUGGCAUUAGGCCAUUGAGGGAGGCAAUUGCGAAGUUAUACAAUGAUCAUCAUAGGAAGUGGAGGAAGAGUCAGUAUACUUGGGAGAACGUGUGCGUGGUUCCAGGAGGCAGAGCAGGGCUGAUCCGUAUUGCCGCCGUCCUCGGGAACUGCUACUUGGGCUUCUUCAUCCCCGACUACACUGCCUAUAACGAAAUGCUGUCUCUCUUCAAAAAUAUCGCUGCAAUCCCCAUUCCUUUAGGCGAAGAGGACAAAUACCACAUGUCUCCGGACAAGAUUGCUGAGGAAAUCGCUCGUGGCACGUCCGUAAUCCUAACAUCGAACCCCCGUAACCCUACAGGACAAAUGAUCACGAAUCCCGAGCUCGCUCAGAUCCAGAAUAUCUGCCGUGAUCGCGCUACCCUCAUUAUGGAUGAAUUUUACUGUGGGUACAACUACACCACAAACUGCGACGGCACCGUAAUCUCCGCCGCCGACAACAUUGAAGACGUCGAUGAAGACGACGUUCUUAUCAUCGAUGGCCUGACUAAACGCUUCCGACUCCCGGGAUGGCGCGUCGCCUGGGUCCUCGGCCCCAAAGAAUUCAUCAACGCCAUCGGAUCCUGCGGUUCGUACCUCGACGGCGGAUGCAACGUACCCUUCCAAGAGGCUGCCGUCCAGAUGCUCGAACCUGCCCGUGUGCGCUGCGAAAUGGCCGCGCUGCAAACUCACUUCCGCAUCAAGCGCGACUACGUCAUCGGCCGACUCACUGAAAUCGGAUUUAAGUUUCCGUUCAUGCCGAAUUCCACAUUUUACUUGUGGCUGGAUUUGAGCGAGCUUCCAGAGAGUAUUAACGACGGGUUGAACUUCUUCCAGGCGUGUUUGGAGGAAAAGGUUAUCGUAGUCCCAGGAAUCUUCUUCGAUUUGAACCCCAGUAAGAGGAGGGAUUUGUUUGAUAGUCCUUGCCAUCAUUUCGUGAGGUUGAGCUAUGGACCCCGCAUGGAUGUCUUGGUUAAGGGCGUCGAUGCUAUCGAGAGGAUUGUGAAGAAGCACAAAGCGGAUCCUCGACCAGCGAGCCAGGUUCGUCCAAGAGGUGGAGCGACCGCGCAUUAACUUAGGAAUGAGUUGACUUGAGGCGAGAGUUGCUGGGUAGGUUUGGUAAGAGAAACGGAGAGGAUGGGUGACGUAGAGGUGGGCCUAGACAAGGCGGUGAAUAAGUGGGAUUUUAGAAUGGUUUGUAUUAAAGGAUGGGAAGGGAAUUGGAAGAGGGUUAUAGGCUUAGAUAUGAUAUUAGUAUAUCCAGAUAUAGUUUUUACAUCA